UAUUUCUUGUCUUCUUUCUAUUGGACCAUUUCUUUUAAUCUGAAUCUAAUUCAGAAUCUAUUGAAUAAAUCUACCCAAUCCCAACCCAAUGCUGAUUGCUGAAUGCAUCGUAUCCAUAUUCAAUGUUCAACAGGAGGUCUUCACCUUUGAUUACUUUUUUCCUUUCUGUAUUGUUAUUUUGUUUUCUGUAGGUUAUGUAAACGCAUGAUUAAAGAGUGAAUGUUGUAUUAUUCAUGGUGACGCAAGACAUUUGAUUAUCGUCGUUUGUUGAUUUUGGCUUGAUACUGAAAUAAACACUAUACCUAACCUUAUAAGCUUAGCAGAAGCAGGGAAUAUGUCAACAAGUUUCCCACCAUUGAAGAAUGACAGGUUGUUACGAGCAGCUCGAGGUGAGGAGGUGGACAGAGUGCCAGUGUGGGUCAUGAGACAAGCAGGCCGUUAUCUCCCAGAGUUCCGGGCAGUCAGAGCCCAGCAUGACUUCUUCACCAUCUGUCAGACACCUGAACUUGCUGCCGAAGUCACACUGCAACCUAUUCGCAGAUUUGAAUUAGAUGCAGCAAUAAUAUUUUCUGACAUUUUAGUAAUACCUCAAGCUUUAGGCAUGUCUGUAGAGAUGAAAGAAGGAGUGGGCCCUGUACUACCUAAACCUCUUGUGAAACCAAGUGAUAUUGAUUCCUUGGUUACUCCUGUUGAUGUUCGUGUAAAACUCGGGUAUGUUGCUGAAGCUAUAACUUUAACAAGACAUAAACUGGAAGGAAAAGUUCCACUUAUAGGAUUCUCAGGUGCUCCUUUCACUCUUAUGGGUUACAUGAUUGAAGGUGGAGGUUCUAAAACGUUGUCUAAAGUUAAAGCUUGGUUGUACCGCUAUCCAGAAGACAGUAUAAGACUUCUGAAGAUCUUAUCGGAUGUAAUAGUAGAUUACCUAGUUGAACAGGCAGCCGCUGGAGCUCAGUUACUGCAAGUGUUUGAGUCUAGUGCUGAAUAUUUGGGACCAGAGCUGUUUAAAAGAUUUGCACUGCCUUUCCUAAUAGAUAUCUGUGAGAGAGUGAAAUUCAACAUUCAAGAACGUAAGAUUGGAGACAUUCCAAUGACAGUGUUCGCUAAGGGAGCUCACUACGCUAUCAAAGAUUUGGCAAACAGCUGCUAUGAUGUGGUUGGACUGGACUGGACAAUCGAUCCAGAGAUUGCCCGUAAACAGGUUGGCUUAAACAUUACUCUUCAGGGCAACUUAGAUCCUUGUGCACUCUAUGCUCCUCCUGAUGAGAUUGCCAGAUUAGCUCAGACAAUGUUGGAGAAAUUUGGCAAGGAUAGAUACAUUGCCAAUCUUGGCCAUGGAAUAUAUCCAGAUGUUAAUCCUGAUCAUCUUAAAGCAUUUAUUGAUGCUAUCCAUGAGCUUUGAAAAGCCAGCAUUUAUAUCAUGUUGGUUUUAUACUGUGUUAUUAUACAUUUUGUUACUGAA